CAGGGACCAGCGCUUCCGUUCAAAGAGAAACUCCGUAUUCUGUCAACAUUCUGUCAACACUGCCACGAUGGUGAAAACUUGUGAGGAGUCUUCACACACAACAACUAGAGUUCGCAUCUCUGCACAGACAGAGGUGUUUGACUGCAUGAAUCCCAAGAGGCGACGGCGGUGCGGGCUGCCUCUGCAAGAGCGUCUCUGCCCGUAGAGUUUUUGCCUUUUUCUAGGCUUCUCUCGUCGUGCUGGUUUUUCCAAUCCAAUCGCCAAGCGCCACACACUGGAGCGACCUUGAGCAUUCUUCUCCUCACAAGCGUGUCUUUGUCACCCUUCGCUAAUGGCGCUUCCCCUCGCAUCUCUUCCUCCUGCGCAUCUUCACGGAGAACUCCACUUCCGAUCUGUAAAGGAAUGCCAAGUGUUCCGUCGUCUAGGUUCUUGGGCUGCGUCCUGCCGCCGGACAGCUCUUAAAGGAAAGCCGGCGGCAACCCUCCAGGUCGGAGGUUUCUCUCUCUUCGUCGCGAGGAGGACAACGUUUCAUGUGUACUUUAACGACGGAGAAACAUGCAAUCGGACGAGGUAGACGCUUGUACGCUAGGCGCUGCCUCUCACGCAUUUCGAAUUGGAAACGAAGCAGUGGAAAAGACACAACAUGCCACCACGGGAGUCGACCGAGAGACUGCGCAUCUGCGAAUUUGGAGCGCGAACAGAAGAACCUCCGACUGCAAAUUUAAUCCAAGACGAAGAUGCAAGACACACAUUUACUCACAUUUACUGCCACUGAAGAGACCAACAUGACGAGAUCCCGCUUGCUACAGAAUGAAGUUCUCGCUGUUUCCACUGCUUCCUCAGCUGUAGCGAACGCGCCUUCCAAACCAACAACACCGUCAGGCUCAACACAAAACCACUAAAGUCGCCUCCACAGCCUUCCCUUGUAAAUACACACAUGCACACAAACAUAUAUAUAUAUAUAUAUACGCAGAGAUAUGCAUACAUACAUAUAUGCAAUAUAUAUAUAUAUAUAUAUAUCUGCAUGCUUCUCGUUUCUCUCUCUCCUGUCUAUCGAUAUAGAUAGAAACAUGCGUGUCGAUUCGAAGUGAAUGCGUUUUAGUAGUAGACUCCGGACGAGAGGAGAAGGAAGGAGAGAGCGAAUCCCAGAAGAACGGAGGCGACGGCUGACCAUACAAUUUCCUUUGCGAGACUUCUUUCCCUGGGAGAGAAUCGAAUAUGGUAGAUGAAGAAACUUGCGCUGGCGACUAGGCCGAGGAAAAGGAGGACGAGAGAAAUGACGUCGAACAACCGUGGCGCGAUGAAAAUGGGAGUCGGCACAAACUUCGGCUCAGUCGUCGAGCCGGGGGCUUGGGGAGACGCCGGGGACGCGGCUGCAUGCGCGAGAAGAAGGGGCAGACGGCGAAGGAGAGGCAUCGUGCUCGCCAGCGAAAACCUGAGGCUCGGUGCGCAGGGUCGCAUAUUUUCUUCUGGGCGUUUCAAGAGUCGAAGAGAGGGCAGAAGACGACGAAACUCCGGAGACGGAGACACGACGUCGACACUGUGGAGCACACAGAGAGAAGAACGCAGAGAACAGGGACGACGCGCACUGCGGGCGAGCGCGUGACUCCGAGAAGCGACUCUCCAGAAGCUCGGCCAAACGCGAGAGCGGCGGACAGAGACGAAAGCCGGAAUCCAGAAGGGAGGCGAAAAAGACGCUCGCGAGCAGCGACAGACGCACCGGAGAGACAAGAGAAUGCAGAUCGGGCAAAGGGGCGUUGAAGUGAGGCUUCGAAAAAGACACGAAUGCGCCAAUCAAGGAAGCGCGGAACAAGGACAAAUCAAACAAGUUCGACGCACCAGGCGUCCGCGGAGAGAAAGAACUGGGACGCGUCAGAAAACAGUUUUUUCGUGGAAAAAUCUGCGAUGCAACAGGCAAAAAGUCUUCAAGAGUUCCACCUUCUCAUGCAGACAGAAGGCAGAGCAUGGCGAGGAGACAGAAAGUCAAAGUUCCCGCGGAGACGCCGUGCGCAAACACCGGCGACAACCAAAGUUCUAAGAGAAAACACUAAUCGACGCAAUUUCUGACAAUAACAGACUAGGCAGACGCCGCGACAUCCAAACGCGGCAAUACUCCACUGCCUGUGAUUGACAUACAUGCACUUAAGGAAAACAAAUACAAGAAACUGCAAAUAAAUAUAUAUAUAUAUAUAUAUAUAUAUAUCGAAGAUGAACUACGCUUGUAUUGCAUGCACCUGUCUACACACACACUCUUCUUCCUUGUAGAUGUUGACCGAUGCACAUAUUUAUGGACGCCGUUGUCUAUGAAGAGCACAGAGACAUACUACGAAUAUAUAUAUAUAUAUAUAUAUAUAUAUAUAUAUAUAUGUUUUCACAAGAGUCGACACGCAUGAGGAGACCUCGGUGGUAUUGUCCGAGUUCGAGAAGAGCGAUUUGGGGAGAGAGACUCUUCACUGCAAUGCUGGAAAAGUCGAUUUUCGCUGCAAAAACAGACGAGAAAUGAUGAGCACCUGCAGAAGGAGCGAAUGGACUUCGCGAAGAAUUGAAAACGAAAGUCUUUUCUUCUCAGAGAGACGGGAAGAGGCGAGGGUGCCUCGUCUGGAUAGACGAAACCAACCUUUAUUUCGCUUUUUUCCCACGAAUCUUUCCUUCUGCACAUCUGCACACAAAGGGACAAGCUGCGAGCUUUUCUUUUUCUCCUCCUUUUCUUCCCUUUCGUUUCUUUUCUUCUCUUUUUCUUCGCCUUUUCUCCGUGUUCCACAGCCGAAAAAGAGGGCGCAUGUAAGCUGACGGCUCUCGGUUCUCCGCUAGCAAAGCAGUCCGAAGCACACUUUCUCAGUGCGCCAGCUUUUUCACUUUCUCCGCUUUUUUACUUUCUCCGCUUUUUCACUUUCUCCGCUCUAAUUCAGCUUUUUGUGUCGCGGCAAAACAGCCUCGCCGGAUGGAGCUCUCACGUCUCUCGACGUCUCGCUCACGUUCUGGAAAAGUGACCCGGGAAGUGAAGGACGCUCUGGUGAGUUCGCCUGCCGCUCCAUUGAGAAAUGCCUCUGAGCCAAGCAGCAAGAGAGCAAGGAACACGAGGGAGAAAUCCGGUUCUCUUCUUUGCUUUCCAUGUCUCAACGUUUGCGUCUGAAGAGGAGUUUCUUCGCAGCCGCGACGAGGGGGCCCCUGCCCGCCUUUUCGGUCGCCUCUCUGCGGUUCUUGCGCGUUUCCGGACUCCACCGCGUCUAUAAAUUCGCUUCGAAAGCGAGGAGACGCCUGUCUCCUGAGACUUCUCUUCCUGCAGACUCUGCAGGGCGUUUAGCUUUCCUUCUCUCCAGAGGAAAGUGCGAAGGCAACUCGCGGGAGCACGGCGUUUGCCGCGACGUGAGAAAGCGAGAGAAAACAGGAACAGGAACGUCUUCUCCUCUGCCUCCGAAGACGUCCGUCCGUUGCGGUCAACUUGUCUUUUUUUCUCGGUCCGACUUGUCUCCCCCGUCUCCUCGUUGCCGUCGCCUUGCUGUGUGUGGUGUUCUCUCUUGUCGGCAUUUCUCUUUGGCCAGAUAUGAAGACUGAGCAAGCAGUGCAGCUGUCGCUUCGUUCGCGUUGAAGACGCGCUUCCCAUCCGACUCCUGAGAGGCCUGAGACAGGACGAAGUGGACGCAGGCGAAAGGUCCAAGUGUGCAGAGACGCGUCGAACUUUCGAGCCAAGAAGACCUGAACAGCUUUCUGCAGAGACAAUUGGCAAGGCGGCGCGAUGUGGGCGGCCCGUGGAGAAGCUUCUCCCUCUGGGGAGGGGGCGUGUGCCGGCAGCUCCAGAGCCGACAGAGGAAAACUCGAGGGAUUUCCAGAGGCAGACAUCCCUCUCUUCCAGUUUUCGUGCAUCGCGCGAGGAACCUACGUCCUCGCCGAAUAUACGGCGAUCCAGGAAGGCGAGGAAGAAGUUCUCAGCUCAGUCUCGAGACGCGCCCUACUCAAACUCCCCAAAACGGCAGGACGACGCAGCUACGUUUUCGACAGCCGUCUCUUCAGCUUCUUCGUUGACGCCACGACCUCCACCAUCUUCAUGUGCGUUACUGAUGAAAACAUCAACGCGGAUCUCCCUUGGCAGUUCCUCAGUGAACUGCGACGCCAGUACCAUCACUUGCUUGGUACCUCUGUCGACGGAGCGGAAGUCCGUCCUGCCGACGCUACUCGCAUUCUGAUUCGACUUGUUGAUGAAUAUCGUUGCGGCGGAGGCAGAGGAACGCAGCAGAUGGAACGCGUCGAGAAGGAGUUGGAGGCAGUCUCCGAAAUUGUCCGAGAAAACAUCAACAAAGUUCUGGAGAGAAACGAGCAAAUCGAGUCUCUCGUUGGGAGAACGAGCAACUUGCGAGACAGUGCAUAUGGAUUUCGCAAGGCAUCCAGAGAGCUCCGACAGCACGUCUGGUGGUCGUCGACGAAACCUUACUUUAUCGUUUUCGGCAUGAUUGUGGUCCUCGUCAUCAUUCUCGCCUCCUUCUUCUGCGGCGGACUUACAUUUCAAACAUGCCUUCGAAUCAACUAAUCUGCACGCAUUAAUGAACCUGCUUCCCUCUCGCCAGUUACAUAUAUAUAUAUAUAUAUAUAUAUAUGUAUAUGUAUUUCUUGUCCUUUGCUCUCUGCGUGUCUGUAUGAGUGAUUCAUGACGAAUUCGUAGCUCUCGGUUUCUCGCGCUAUGUAUGUAUACAGUGUAACAUGUCUGUUUGCCUAAAGCGACGUCAUUUUAUUUCUGCGACUGUACCAGUGGCUGUAUAUUCGUAGAUAUGGUGGAACAGGACUUCGAAAACGUGUAUUUUUUCUUUACACAUUUAUUCAUAAACGCCUGUACGGGAUCCUCGUUCCUCUACAAGCUGUUUGACCGCUCCUGUUUCUUUCUCGCUCAAACUCAACAGCGCCCUCCCUCUAUUCUUAUAUAUUCGAAGAUAUAUAUAUAUAUAUAUGUCUCUGAAUGUAUACUGGUCCGCAUUUAAAUGAGUCCUGUCAUUUUUGGAGAAAUUUGCCUCCAGUAUUGUUUUUUUUUUGAGUUUUGCAUGCGUCGCAUUGUCACUUGGACUGUCAAGGCGUUUAGAAGACCGUGACGCCUGCAAAGGAAGGCACUUUUUUUCCAGAUCGAUUCUUUUUCGCUCAUGAAAAAGAAUGAGAAGCAUCAUACGCUUCUCUUCUGGCUGUCUUCGGCGUACAGACUCUCGGGCUCCUGUCGCCCAAUGGAAAUUCAAGCUUUU